UUACAGAACUUGAGUCCUUAUCAUUAAUAUUAAAUAUUAUUUUUUUAAAUCAGGUUUUAUCAUUUGUUUUUGAUUGUCUCUUUUCUCAGGUAGAUACACACCAGACUUCACCACAAGCCACACUGUCUGCAUGAUGCAGUAUGUCCAUUUCAGAGGAAGCUGUAGAGUUAGAGUUUCUGUGCUGUUGCUACCAGAGAAAACCACAUGUCACUGUUCACCAGAUAGACGUUUCCUCUUCAUCUUUCACCUGACAGUGCAGCAACGCUUCAGUUUGUGAUUAUGCUUUUACUUCUCUGUACCAUAGCUUUAAUCUCAGAGACUCUCAGUUCUUCACCGUUGGAGGCAAAACCUGGAGAUAGAGUCACUCUUUGGUGUCACCAUGAACUGUAUCGUGCCAGUUACAUCUUCUGGUUUAAGCACACAAGUACCUCAGUGCCACUUCUCGUUGGGUGCAAACAGUUUACGUUAUCUGGCCAAACGCAAAAGUGCUACUUCUCCCCUGAACCUGAGGGCAUGGUGAUGUCUGUGCACAGAAAGAACACGUCUCUCACAAUCUCUGCAGUUAAUGUCACUGAUACAGGACUGUAUUACUGCAGCUUCACUGAGCUGGACAAAAUAAUAUUCAGUAACUCCAGCUACUUACACGUGAAAGUAGACACUGUUUCAGAGGAAAACAAAACAAUGACCACAACUUCAGUCAGACCAGAAGAUUUUCCAGCUCUCUGUUCUUUAAAAGAUGCUGUUUUGUCUAGUGUGUUUCUGAUGCUGAGUGUGAUCUCUGGGGUGACGAAUGUGAUUGUGAUUCCUCUCUGUGUCCUGAUCAUUAUUCACAAACCGAGAAUACACAGAGGCCCUGAAGCACAAGAGGAAGAGCAGGAGCAGCUUUCUAACAAGAAAGACACGCAGACAAGCAGACAUGAGGAAGCAGCUGAUCCACAUGGUGUAUAUACGUGCGUCGUUUACCAGAAUUUAGCUUAGCAUUAGCUUUAACAGGAUAACCCUAGAUAGGCUGGGUGUUUCAUCUUUUCUUUAUUCAUACACUUCAUUAUGUAAUAUAUAGAAUACAGUUAACAGGAACAUCAUCCCUAUAGCUUUGAGUGAAUGUGUUUAGUUUUAGAUCAUAGUAAAAGUGUCACAUUCAUUUUUUAAUUAUUUAUUAAUACAAAUUUCCCCUAUGAUCCUCUAGUCACAAUGGUUCAGUUGCUUAUGCAAUUUAAUAAAACAUUCACAAUUUUGAUAUGAUGAA